AUGUUGCCGGAGCCGGCUAACAUGUCCAGACGUCGGGUUAUCCUCGUUGCUAGGACUGUUGGUGAUGCUAGCAUCGAGGGUAGAUGUGCGAUGCUUGCUUGCCAACAGUCUGGAGCCAUUCGACCGUCUUUGCUGCAGUCUAUCUUCGGCUCGGUCGUCACUAAAAGAGCCAGAACGGUUCAACUCCAAAAGUCGAUUGGCUUCGAGAGGUUCGGUUAA